GGAAGGACGGGCCCGCCCGGGGGCCCCAGGGGCGCCUCGCCGGACCCGCCGACCUCCUCCUCCGCCGGGACGGAGCCGUCGCCGCCAAAGGAGAGAGCGGCCUGGCCGAACUCCCAUUGACUUUAACGCCUUCUGCAGAAGCCCAGAUGGUGCAGUCGCUGGGCUUUGCGAUCUACCGGGCCUUGGACUGGGGCCUGGACGAGAACGAGGAGCGGGAGCUCAGCCCCGACCUGGAGCGCCUCAUUGACCUGAUGGUCAACAGCGACUCGGAGGAGAGCAGCUGCGGCACGGCGGACGAAGGCUAUGGCGGCCAAGAUGAGGAGGACGAGGAGGAGGAAGAGGCGGCGGCGGCGGCCAGGGGGGCCCUGCGCGCCGUGCGCACCUUCCGCCAGGUCAUGCGGCUCUGCGCAUCGAGGCUCAGCCAGCCCCAAGAGGCCCAGGCGCACUACCAGGCGGUCUGCCGGGCCCUGUUCCUGGAGACGGUGGAGCUGAAGGCCUUCUUGGCCAAGAUCCAGGAGACCAAGGAGAUGUUGACGAAACUGAAGAAUGAAGACGAGGAGCUGAGAGACCGGUCAGUUGCAGACCUGGACAACCUGAGGAACACCGACUGGGCCCGGCUCUGGGUCCAGCUCAUGCGGGAGCUGCGCAACGGGGUCAAGCUCAAGAAGGUCCAGGAGAAGCAGUUCGACCCCUUGCCCACCGAGUACCAGCUGACCCCCUUCGAGAUGCUGAUGCAGGACAUCCGGGCUCGGAACUACAAGCUCCGCAAGGUCAUGGUGGAUGGGGACAUCCCUCCGCGGGUGAAGAAAGAUGCUCAUGCGCUCAUCCUUGACUUCAUAAGAUCCCGGCCACCCUUGAGACAGGCUUCGGAGCGGCGGCUGCGGCCGAUUCCUCAGAGGCAACGGACGCUGCAUGAAAAGAUUUUGGAAGAGAUCAAGCAGGAGAGGAAGCUUCGUCCGGUUGAAGAGCGCUUCCAGAACCAGAAAGGGUUCGGAUCCGUGCCUUGCCUGGUGAAGGCCUGCUCCGGUGACGCCAAGUCCACCUCCUGCAUCAACCUCUCUGCCUCGGACUCGGGGACCCCGGUCCAGCAGCGCCAAAGACCCCGGAUCCUGCUGAAGGCCCCGACGCUGGCCGAGAUGGAGGAGAUGCUCACCUCCGAAGAGGAGGACUCUCCCGGGUCAGAGGCUUUGCAAGGUCUGGGGCUGAAGCGCGACCGCUCUUUUUCGGAGCAGGACCUGGCCCAGUUCCAGAGCGAGAGCCAGAGCAAUGCGCCGGAUGCCGAGAACGACGGAUACAGCGGGUCCGAACCCAGGCCCCGCUCAGGUACCCCCUCCGAUGCAUGGACCAGAAUCCAGAACCCGGGAUCCGUCCCGGCCAGUUACCACCCGGUGGUCCCUUGCGGCUCCAGCCCCUUCCCGGCCAAGCAGGGCUUCCUCAGCUCCGUGGAUGAAAAGUCCGAGGCCGGAUCGGGACCCCCUCCUCCGGAGUCCAGCAUGAAAUACUUGUGGCUGCAAGAGUUCAGCCACCCGGUGGAGAGCUUGGCCCUGACCGUGGAGGAGAUGGUCAAUGUCCGGCGGGUGCUGGUCAAGGCCGAGAUGGAGAAGUUCCAGCAAAGCAAGGAGCUCUACAGCAGCAUGAAGAAGGGCAAGAUCUGUUGCUGCUGCAAGACCAAGUUUGCCCUCUUCUCCUGGCCGCCCACCUGCCUCUUCUGCAAAAGGUCUGUCUGUGGUUCUUGCAGCCUGAAGAUCAAGAUGCCUUCCAAGAAGCUGGCCCACAUCCCGGUCUAUGCCUUGGGCUUCGAGACCCUGCCGGGCUCAUUGGGGCCCAAGGCACCCCCUUUCCGGAAGAAGGAGACCUUCCACCCCUUGCAGGGCACCCGCUGGCGGAGCGUGGAGGAGGAGUUCCCCUACAUCUACGCCCACGGCUCGGUGCUCAAGGACGUCUGCUCCGACUGCUCCGGCUUCGUCACGGACGUGGUCAGCUCCAGCCGCAAGAGCGUGGACAUCCUCAACACCGCCACGCCCGACCGGAGGAGCCGCAAGACCCAGUCCCUCUACAUCUCCUCCAGCUAGGCCCCCGACACCAUGGCCCCCAUCGUCCCCAAGCCUUUGGGUCACAAGCUGCACCGAAAGAGGAGCUGGAGAGGAAGCGCCAACGUCUCUGCUUUCUUGCAUCCACUCCGACACCCAUCGUCCCCGUCUCUGCCUGU